ACUUUAUUUUAUUGUGACCAUUAUUUAUAGGUUCACUUUCUUUAAUUUUCUCUUCACUCCUAAAAAGUACUAAGUUUUUUUUUAGGAGGGAAGUGACAAGACAAUGAAGAAUGAGAGACAACAACAACAUCAUAGAGCUUCUAAAAUUCCCAGAUUUAAACAUCAUUGUCACAUUUUUCUCUUCAUUUUGUUCACUCUUUUUUCCAUAACACAAUCUUUUGAUUAUGCUGAUGCACUUUCAAAAAGUCUUCUUUACUUUGAAGCACAACGUUCAGGGAGGUUACCAUACAACCAACGUGUGAAUUGGCGUCAUCAUUCUGGUCUUACAGAUGGUUUAGAACAAGGGGUUGAUUUGGUUGGAGGGUACUAUGAUGCAGGUGAUCAUGUGAAAUUUGGUUUACCAAUGGCAUUUACUGUCACAAUGUUGUCAUGGAGUGUUAUUGAGUUUAGGCAAGAAAUUGUUGAAGCUGGUGAACUUGGUCAUGUAAUGGAAGCAAUUAAAUGGGGAACUGAUUAUUUCAUCAAAGCUCAUACUAGCCCAAAUGUGUUGUGGGCAGAGGUGGGUGAUGGAGACACAGACCAUUAUUGUUGGCAACGUCCAGAGGACAUGACAACUUCUAGACAAGCUUUUAAGAUAGAUGAGAAGAAUCCAGGUUCAGAUCUGGCUGGAGAAACUGCUGCAGCUAUGGCAGCUGCUUCCAUUGUGUUUAGGAAAACAAAUCCACAUUACUCUCAACUACUUUUGCACCAUGCUCAGCAGUUAUUUGAGUUUGGGGACAAGUAUAGAGGAAAAUAUGAUGGUAGUGUUGGAGUAGUGAAGAGCUACUAUGCGUCGGUGAGUGGAUACAUGGAUGAGUUAUUGUGGGGAGCUAUGUGGUUGUACAAAGCCACCGACAAACAAGAAUAUUUUGACUACAUUAUUUCUAAUGCUCAUACAUUUGGUGGUAUUGGUUGGUCCAUAACAGAAUUCAGCUGGGAUGUUAAGUAUGCUGGUCUUCAAGUUUUAGCAUCAAAGUUUUUGAUGGAUGCAAAACACAAGAAGCAUGCUGAUUUACUAGAACAGUACAAAUCAAAAGCAGAGUACUAUAUAUGUUCAUGUCUCAACAAAAACAAUGGCAGCAGCAAUGUGGAAAGAACACCAGCUGGAUUACUCUAUGUAAGACAGUGGAACAACAUGCAAUAUGUUUCAACAGCAGCAUUUCUACUCACAGUUUACUCUGACUUUCUCCAAACUGAAAAUCAAAAGAUCAAUUGCCAAGAUGGGAUUGUGGGCCAUGAUGAAAUUCUCAAUUUUGCCAAGUCACAAGUUGAUUACAUUUUGGGCCAAAAUCCACUUAACAUGAGUUACUUAGUGGGAUAUGGGCCUAAGUACCCUAAAAGGGUGCAUCAUAGAGGUGCAUCCAUUGUAUCAUACAGAGAAAAUAAAGGGUUCAUAGGGUGCACACAAGGAUAUGAUAAUUGGUAUGGUGUCCAAGAACCAAAUCCUAAUAUUUUGGUUGGAGCUUUGGUUGGAGGACCUGAUAAUCAAGACAAUUUUGAGGAUCAAAGGAACAAUUAUGUGCAAACUGAGGCUUGCACUUAUAAUACUGCACCAUUAGUUGGAGUUUUUGCAAAAUUCUUGCAAAUAGGGAAUAGAAGGUUGGUUCAUGAUUCUGAUUCACUUUUAGUUGCUUCCUUUUAAAUACUUAUAUAUAUAUAGUCAAAGCACAAUAGUAUAUUAUUGUCAAAAGUCAAUUAAAUUCUUCAGUUUUCCCCCUAUUUUAUGAGUGAUAUUUUAGCUUAAAGAA